GAAAAAUGUCGUAGAGUGGCUAGGCCUAACGUAAAGUUAUUAUUAUUGGGGUUUGUUAAAGAAGUAAAGAGAACUAUUUUAUAGCUUUUCCAUGAGUAUUUAGGAAAAAGAAGAGAAUUUAUCCAUUAAAAUAUUAGGCAUAUGGCAUUAUUUUUUUAUUAUUUUUAAACUAUUUAUUUUGACAUAAUUAUGAUAUUUUAAAUUAAGAUUUCUGAUAUACUGGGCCUGAUCAACUACCGUUAGGCCUAAGUAUUUUAAGAUUUGGGCAUCAGAAGGGUUAGCUCGACAGUCGUGUUUUUUGUUUUUUUUUCAAACUCGUACAAACGUGACAAUCACUACUGAUGUUAGUUUCGAUUCCAACAAGGAGCCUUAAUCUAGGCUUACUAUAUGCUGUUUUCUUCGUUUUGUUUGACAUUCUAACCUCAUCAUUCAUUGUAUUAUAGCUUCAUCACUCAUUUGGAUGAAACAUUCGUUUGUUACAAAACGAUUUUGACAUUUUUAUCGAAGAAAAGUAUACCACGUAUGUAUUGAGUUUAUUUUACUUGAUAUUGUUAAAUCGUUCCUUGAAGAUGAGCAAGUUAUCAUUCAGAGCACGUGCACUAGAUGCUUCAAAACCAAUGCCAAUAUUCAGGUCAGAAGAAAUUCCAGACCUACCUGAUUUUGCAGCAAUCAAUCGAGCAGUACCUCAGAUGCCAACUGGAAUGGAGAAAGAAGAAGAAUGUGAACAUCACUUACAGAGGGCAAUAUCAGCUCAACAAGCUUUUGGACAUACAGGAGAAUUGGUUAUUCCAACACCAGAGGUAUUUACUACAGAUGAAGAACUAUAUCAAUCAUUGUAUCCAGCAGACUAUAAGGUUUCAAGACAACUUAGACAUAUGCAGCCCUUUGCAGUUGAUCAUGAUAUUCCUGACUAUGAUAUGGAUUCAGAAGAUGAAAGGUGGCUGACACAACAAGCUAAGAAAAUGGAAGUUACACCUCUACAGUUUGAAGAAAUGAUGGAUCGUUUAGAGAAAAGUAGUGGCCAACAAGUUGUUACACUCAAAGAAGCUAAGCUUCUUUUGAAGGAAGAUGAUGAUCUUAUCAUAGCAGUUUAUGACUACUGGUUAAACAAAAGAUUGAGAAUGCAACAUCCAUUAAUUCCACAAGUUAAAACAGAAAAAAGGGAUGGUUCAACUACAAAUAAUCCAUAUGUUGCAUUUCGAAGGCGCACAGAAAAAAUGCAGACAAGAAAGAACCGAAAGAAUGAUGAAGCAUCAUAUGAGAAAAUGUUAAAAUUGAGAAGAGACCUUAGUAGAGCUGUUACUCUGUUAGAAAUGGUCAAAAGAAGAGAAAAAACAAAAAGAGAACAUCUUCACUUAUCUAUUGAGAUUUAUGAGAAAAGGUAUCAAGUUGGAGAUUAUACAGGACAAAUUUUAGCAGAAGUGUCAGCAUUAAAACAUACAAGGCAACCUUAUAUUCCAUUUAAUAAUCAAACUGCUUCUAAACAUGACGUACGGGUAACCAAGCACAAAGUGAAGAGGCAUACAGACGAAGGAAUACCCAGGAGAAAACGAGAAUAUAUAAAGAAGAAAUACAAACAAGAAACUUCUUUAUCAUUACGCCGACAGCUUUCAUCAGCACAAAAGAAUGAUGCAGAAACAAGUUUUUCAGAUGUACUUAGUUCCGACGAUGAAGGCUUUUCCCCAGCUACCUCACCAUCAGAUGUGGAGGAUGACAAUGAUCCUGAUGGACCAUUUGCAUUUAGAAGAAAGAAGUUUUGCAACUAUCAUGCACCUUUGAAGGAAAGACUGGGAAACUGGCCGUGGUGUCACCCUCAAGAAGAAGGUAAAGGUGAUCAUCGAUAUAGGUACUGCUUAACGUCAUUACUAUUUCCAAAAAGGAAAUGUGUAGGUUUUGCAAGAAGGAGAUUGGGCAGAGGUGGCAGGCUUCUGCUUGAUCGUGCCUGGACACCUUUGGAUGACUAUUGGAGCAAUUUAGAUGUAGAAUUCAACAGUUCAUUAUCAAAUGGAAUUCCAUCAAAUACAUUUUUAUCAGAAGUUAUAAAUGAAUGGCCAUUUUUUCGACCUCAAACUCCACCACUUUUGAAUCUUAAAGAGGAUACUGUGUUAUUAGAUGCUGAUUCAUCAACUCAGGUUUAUAGCUCAAUAAAAAAACUGCCUUCUGAAACAGACUUUGAAAGUUUUCAAAAUCACCAAGAAGAACUAUUUGAAAUGCAACGGAAACAACUUGAAAGGUUAAAACAGGAAGAACUCAGUACAGAAAUCUCACAAUGUGUUGAUCAUUCCUUUUCAUCUCAACCCACUUCUCGUUUCACACUAGACUCUGCAAGUGUUCAAUUUGCUGUAUCAGCACUACUCAGUGUGUCAGAGGUAUCUGGAAUAGUGAACUCUGUAGUUUCUUCAGUAAGUUCAGGUGGUGCUCAUUUAGGACCAGAUGGAUGCAUUCUACCAUCCUGUAAUGGGAUCACUCGUGAAGGAUAUGAUGAUGUAAUGAAUGGCACAACCUGUGCUGUCAUAAAUGGAAGCUAUGAUGAAGGGUCCUCUCAUAACCCAUCAACAGACUCUGUCAUUGAACUGACUUUUCCAGCAUUAACUUCUUCAGAUUCACAGUGUUUCCAGGUGCUGCCAUCUUCUGACGUUGGUGACGAAGACCCGAGUUCGUUUUACAACCCUUCUCUAGUUAGUGAAAGUCGACACAGUUUUUCUAGUAAUAUUGAUCACCAAGUCAGUUAGAUAAGCAUUCCAGGCAAGUGUUUAAAAUGUGGAAUGAAGGUAGAGUUGUUAAAUAUUGGUGGUUAGUGUAUAUCAUGUAAAAUAAGUGAACGAAAUAAAAAAAUGGUGUUAUGAAAACAAA